CUUGCUCCUAUUCUCUGCCCAUCAUGCCUGAACUGUACUCGGUGUCCAUCUACUCGACUUCAGACUCAAGAUAGGCACCGUCUACAUUCUUUUCUUAUGAAGCUCGGCUCUCCCUAUGAAGGUGUUCGCAGCCAACUUCUUCACCGCUCUCCAAGACCAUCCCUCCUUGACGCUGUCAAAGAAUUACAGUCUGAGGAAACUCGUCUUGGUCUUCUUUCCUCCUCGGCAGUUUCUGAUUCAACUGCUAUUUUGGCUGCUCCACCACGUGUUCCGCCUACAGUUUUGGCUGCUCCACCACGUCCUUCGCCUACUCGUGGUCCUCGCCGCCUUUCAUGUAUGUAUUGUCAUCGUCCUGGUCAUGACGAGUCACAUUGUUGGAAGAAGAGGAAUGCUUCAUGCCUUUCUGCAUCACCACGAGUCACUACCGCAUCUCCAAUCUCUCAACCUAUUACUCUGGUUUCUCCCUCUACGGAUGACCGUAUUGCUGCUCUUGAGGCCCAACUUGCCCGUUUGAGUCCUUCUCUGCCCAAGUCUUUUCCCGAUUCUGGUACUUCUACAACUCUCUCAUCUGCUGGAAGCACCGCUGCAGCUACUCCACCUUUAGGAUCGUUUGAGUGGCAAGAUGAUUGGCAGGGGCAGUAGACGGGAUGGACUUUAUAUUAUGCAACAUCUCCAUCUUCCAACUUCCUCUCUUCCUCAUCCUGUGUUGGCUACCCUCGAUCUUGUUCGGUGGCAUCAGCGUCUUGGACAUAUUCCGUCUUCUCGUCUCACCGUCCUUCACCAACAAGGUGUUUUGGGUCCUAUUUCUUCUGGUAGUCUUCCUCCAUGUUCUAUCUGCCCUUUGGCCAAGCAAUCUGCUAAGCCUUUUCCUGUUAGUAACUCUAGAACUAGUGCGAUCUUUGAUCUUGUUCAUUCUGAUGUUUGGGGU